CUCGCAAAGCUGAUUGGCUCGGGAAACUGUCAAUCAGAGCAUCUAUUCCCGCCUUUCCGUGGAGAGUGGAUGGUGAUUGGUGAAAACUCCACGUCUAUCUUCAGGCCCAAGCCUUCUCUGAGGCAGUUCGAUUUCUGAUUGGUCUGCAGCAUUCCUGCCCGCCUUCUCGGUUUCCAGGCCUUCAUUAGGCCGAGGGGCGGAGAGCAUGGAGAAAAAGGAUUGGACUCACGCCCUGUCAAUCUUCCCCCUGCAAGUCUUUCAAUUGGCUCAAUCGCGUAGCUCCACCCAUCCCGCGAGCCGAUUGGCCAGUCCUCUUAAAGGGGUCACGCUAUUCCGCCUCUCAUUGCUUCCCUGCGCUGUCAAUCCCCCCCUUCACCCCACCCUCUCAGCCUUUCGAGGGCGCUGAUUGGCUGCUGGCGGCUCCUCAGGCCGCGCGCGCUCCUGGGUCCUCCUGGUGAGGGGCUGAGGGGGAGCAGCGGCCGCCAUGUCGGCUCCGGUAGAAGAGGCUGCAGAAGCUGCGGGCCCGGCCGAGAAGCGCCCGGAUCUCGUCGAUCUUUUAGAACGUUGCGGAAGCUGCCGGAAACUUCUUCAAGCUGAAAGGGAACCGCGAUUAUUACCUUGCUUGCAUUCGGUGUGUCGGCAGUGCCUGAGGACGGGCCCGGGGCCUGCGACGGAUUCGGGGCCUGGAGGGCAAGUGGUCGACUGCCCCAUCUGCAAGCACCAGUGCCAGCUGCAGGACGUGGUGGAGAAUUACUUCCUCAAAGACAAAGGAGCCAAGACGGCCGGCGCCAACCCUUCCUCCACUCAGUGCUGCACCAGCUGCGAGGACAACGCUGCGGCCACCAGCUUCUGCGUGGAAUGCUGCGAGCCGCUGUGCGACACCUGCGUGGAGGCUCACCAGAGGGUCAAAUACACCAAGGAUCACACGGUGAAGGCCGCAGCCAGCAGCGGCCCCAAGGAGGCGGACGCCAGCAUCCAUUGCUCGGUGCACAAACAGGAGCCGCUCGUCAUCUUCUGCGACACGUGCGACACCCUGACCUGUCGCGACUGCCAGCUCAACGCGCACAAAGAUCAUCAAUAUCAGUUCCUGGAGGAUGCAGUGAAGAACCAACGCAAGAUGUUGGCCACGCUGCUGAAACGCCUGGGCGACAAACACGCCAGCCUGCAGCACUCCACCAAGGAAGUGUGCAGCUUGAUCCGCCAGGUGUCGGACGUGCAGAAACGCGUGCAGGUGGACGUGAAAACGGCCAUCUUGUCCAUCAUGAGGGAGCUGAACAAGAGGGGCCGCGUGCUGCUGAGCGACGCCCAGAAGGUGACUGAAGGGCAGCAGCAGAAGCUGGAGCGGCAGCACUGGGCGCUGACGAAGCUGCAGAGGCACCAGGAGCACGUGCUGCGUUUCACCUCGUGGGCCCUGCAGAGCGACAACAACACGGCGCUGCUCCUCUCCAAAAAGCUGGUGGGCUCCGCUGCCCCCAUUUUUGGGGGGGUCGCUGUGUCCCCC